AAAGCUCCAGCCUCCAACCCAGCCCUCUCGCACAGACAGCCCUAUUUUACUUCACCACGGCCGCGGCCUUUGUGUGGCCUCCGUCCCCUGUUAUCCCUUCUUCUUCCCCGUCUCGCCUCCUCCCUCCUCCUCCUCCCCACCGGCAAACCCCCUCUCGAUCUCCACCGCUCGCCGAGUUUCGCCCAAUUCGCGCCCUGCCGGAGCCCGGGUCCACGAAGAGGGCCCCCUUUCGCCGGCCGCGGCGCCGCCGAUGAGACUGGCCGCCGCCGCGCCAUGCAACCCCCGACGGCCGCUCUGUCUGCGUCGUCGCUGGAGUGCGCGAGCUCGUGCAGGGCCUUGUGGAAGGGGGGCGGAGGAGCUGGGAGGCCCUACGAAUGCAGCGUGCUCUCCUGCGCCUGGAACGCUCCACGCGCGCUCACCGGCGCGCUUGCCAGCACCACGCAGUGCUCCUCCUGUAGCCACGCUGAAGCCGUAGGCGGCGGGAGGCGGCGAGGUCGCCCACGGCAGAGUAACAACAACACGUUACUGCACAUCACCUGGGCAGAAGACAUCAACAAAGGAAUGUUGGGCCAUGGUUCAUCAGCUAGUUUUGUUUCCUCGGAAAAAAAAAACAGAUAUUGGUCAACUCCUGUGAAAUCAAUGUGGAGGGUUUCCUGCUAUUCGUCAGGACCGUUUGACCUUGUUUCUCCAGAAACGUUGUGGGAGAGUCUCAGACCAGCUAUCUCGUACCUUCAACCUGAAGAGUUGAACUUCGUACAUGACGCUUUAGAGUUAGCAUAUGAAGCACAUAAUGGGCAGAAACGCCGGAGUGGGGAACCUUUCAUCAUUCAUCCUGUUGAAGUUGCUCGUAUUCUUGGGGAGCACGAACUUGACUGGGAAUCAAUCGCUGCUGGUUUAUUGCAUGACACUGUUGAAGAUACUGACAUGGUUACUUUUGAAACAAUCCAAAAUGAGUUUGGGGCAACAGUAAGUCGUAUUGUUGAAGGGGAAACAAAGGUGUCUAAGCUAGGGAAACUUCAAUGCAAAAAUGAGGGUAGUUCAAAACAAGAUGUCAAAGCUGAAGACUUAAGACAGAUGUUUCUUGCAAUGACAGAAGAGGUUCGUGUAAUCAUUGUGAAACUGGCAGACAGGUUGCAUAACAUGCGUACUCUUACACAUAUGCCUCAGCACAAGCAGUAUGCUAUCGCCAUGGAGACGCUGCAGGUUUUUGCACCCCUAGCAAAACUUCUCGGGAUGUAUCAAAUAAAGUCUGAGUUAGAGUAUCUGUCCUUCAUGUACAUGAAUCCUGGUGAUUUCGCUGAACUAAGGAAAAGAGUUGAUGAUAUCUUCAAAGCCCAUGAACAAGAAUUGGAAGAGGCAAAUAAAAUCCUAAAGCAAAAAAUUGCUGAGGAUCAAUUUCUUGACCUUGUGAGUGUUGAAACAGAAGUGCGCUCAGUGUGUAAAGAACUUUACAGCAUUUAUAAAACCGCUCUCAAAUCCAAGAGUUCAUUAAAUGAGGUAAAUCAGGUUGCUCAGCUGCGGAUCAUCAUAAAACCAAAAUCCUGCAAUGGUGUUGGGCCACUGUUUACCGCACAACAGAUCUGCUACCAUGUCCUUGGUCUUGUUCAUGGCAUAUGGACACCUAUACCUCAAGCUGUUAAAGAUUAUAUUGCAACUCCAAAGCCUAAUGGCUAUCAAAGUCUACAUACUACAGUGAUACCGUUUCUUAAUGAGAGUAUGUUCCAUUUGGAAGUUCAGAUAAGAACAGAGGAUAUGGAUCUGAUAGCAGAAAGAGGCAUUGCUGCACACUACAGUGGAAGAGGGGUGGUUUCAGGACCUGUUUGUCCUGGAAUAUCUAGUGGAAGAAAUUUAGAUGGGAAAGUGAUCUGUCUUAACAAUACAGGCUUUGCUCUGAGGAUUGGUUGGCUGAAUGCAAUCCGUGAAUGGCAAGAAGAGUUUGUUGGUAACAUGAGCUCUAGGGAAUUUGUGGAUACUAUUACCAGAGAUCUUCUGGGAAGCCGUGUCUUCGUGUUUACACCUAAAGGCGAGAUUAAAAACCUGCCUAAAGGGGCCACUGUGAUUGAUUAUGCAUAUCUGAUCCAUACAGAAAUCGGCAAUAAAAUGGUAGCAGCAAAGGUGAAUGGUAAUCUAGUUUCACCAAUCCAUGCACUUGCGAACGCUGAAGUAGUGGAGAUAAUAACUUACGAUUUGAGCUGCCAAAUUGUUGAAUUGCUACAGACAGAUCUAUACUGCAGCAAUAGGAUUUCAUGGCAGUAUGUAUUGACAUUGACACACAUACGUUAUCUCUUGAGUAUCUGGAGUGCUAGGCACAAAAUUAUGAAAUUCUUAAGGGAGCAAGCUGCUCUUUCUGCUGCUGAAAUAACGGCGGAUGCAGUUAAUAACUUUGUCGCUGAUCUUGAAGAUGAAAGUGACAGUGAGCAGUUAAUUCCAACCACACAAAACGAUGACCAUAAAUUCAAUUGGCAGAAGAUAUUAAGUUCCAACAAGUUAUCCUUUGUGAAUAAAAAUAGCGAUGGCUUUUUACCAGUUAACAACGUUCACACGCCAAAGAUUAACGGGAAGCACAACAAAACUGUCAAGGAACUAGGCAUCAAAAUUAAUGGUUCAACAGUUCGAGGUGAUAGCUCCACUGACUUCAUGCGCCCUGGCGUCCCAGCCUAUAAGGAAGUUUUUGCUAGUUUGGAUAAUUGGAAAUGCGGUAAAAUUUCCUCUUGGCACAAUACAGAAGGCAACUCUAUCCAAUGGCUUUGCAUAGUGUGUGUUGAUCGAAAAGGGAUGAUGGCUGAAGUCACUUCGGCUUUGACAGCUUGCGGAAUCACCAUAUGUUCUUGUGUGGCAGAGAGAGAUAACAGAAGAGGAAUGGGUGUGCUGCUUUUCCAUUUUGAGGGAACUGAUGAGAAUGUGGUGAGCGCAUGCUCCAGUGUUGAGAUGAUUCUUGGCGUUCUUGGUUGGUCUGCUGGGUGUAGUUAUGAUCCGCUUGGCGUUCUUGGCUGAUGUCAAUUAAUUCUUGAGUGCUAGUGUAGUCGUGAUGCACAGUUGACCUUCAUCUCCACUGAAGCUGAGACAAUUUUGGAAAGCACCAAUGGAUGAAAUGUUUUGGGAGCAGUCAGGUCUUGGUUCCCUUUACUUUGUCAAAGCAGGCAGAUGAAACUAGAACCAGAUGUUACCACGCUUCAUUUGGAAGCGAGAGAGUGUACAUAGCUGAGCGAGUAGUAUACUUUUAGUGCAGGGAUUGGCUGGGUUUAUACAGAAAAAGGCCUCCGUGAAUGACCAAAUGAAGGCUGGUUUCUUCUCUCUUUUUUACCCUUCUGAGCGUUGCAUAUACUAGUUGUGUAAUUGAAUGUGCAGCUAGAGUUUUGACCUGGAAUCUCAGUGUCCCAAAAUUUUGACCCUAUUUGGAUACUCGGUGUCAUGAA